AUGUCGACUUCCAAUGCGGGUAACAGCGACAUCAUGUGCGGAACAGUUGACUGGCAACUGGUUACUGCACGAAUCGCCCGUCUCGGUGAUCAAUUCUUGCUCCAGCUUCCUAACGAACCAGAAGCCGUAGCAGAUCUCUAUGGAGACCGGCCAAACAAGCGACGGGAACGCAUUCAGGGCUUCGACUCUUGGAAAGCAGCGGAGCUGGUGCCUGCCUUACCUACGCCCGACGAAGUCCAGGAUGCUGUGAAAGACCAUAUGGACCUGAUCACGAGCCGGAAGGGGGUAGCGGACCCAUUGACCGACCUCGAUGCAGACGAGACUUCGCUGCACCGCGAGAAGCGAGCGCGCUACACCACGGAUGCGCCUUCGGUUGCCAGUGUCUCUGAGCUGGUACGAUACCUGGAACCCACGAGCGCAGAGGCUUGGAUAGGUGCGGUGGCUCUGCAGGUGGCACUCUGGGCCAACAGGUUGCGCGAGGCGUCCUCGCCCGUCCUUCCAGCAGCGAUCGCCCAUGAGGAGGAUUUUCAGCGGCGUGCCCAGAUGGGCGUCUUUGCAACCGGCGAAGCACCCCUGGUGGCCCCGAAUCCCUUGCUGCCGACUUUGGUACGCUGCGGAACCGAGCUCGGGCACAAAUGUGAUGUGUUUGCUCUAUUCCUUGCCUGUUUGGUGUAUCCAGAUCGAGCGAAGCAACGAGAGACGAUGAAGGAGCCGGAGGCACUUUCGAGAACCGACGCGUUUUGCCAGCACCUCGCCCGUCAAGUAGCGGAGACAGUUUUCGGACUUUUCAACAGUGCGCUGCGGCACAUAACGACGGGUGCACCGAUCGCGGAACAGUCGCUGAUGAUCUCUAUCACGCCAAACGCUUCAGCGACUGCGAAAACUGCAGGCUUCAUGAAGCUACCUCCGGUGCUGCAGGCACGGCGAGCACUACAUUUCCUCGCCGAACUCGCGAAUACCCAUAUUCUCGACUCGGAAUGGUUUGUGCGUCGCAUUCUGCAUGAUCUGUUGGUUGAAGCAGCGCUUUUUGGGGCCGAACAGGAUCAAGCACCCCUCAGCCGUUCACAGUUUCUCGUUGAACUCGCUUUGGAUGGUCUUAUGCAUUGCGGGCGCGAAGCAGAACGUGUAGCGGCGGACUGUGUAGAUGCGAUUCUUCAAGCAGCGGAGCGCUUCGCCGGAACGAUUCGUUCCCCGAGCACCAUCAUCGAAGAGUGCGCUCGCAUGGAACGUCUGUUCAGCCCGGUGAAAGAUGUGGAGCUGAACUCGCCAGCACUCGAUGAAGCACACCGUGCGUCCCUGCAGGUUUCACGACGCUUCCACGAGUUGCUCCUGGUUUGCCGCAAGCUGCGAGCACGCUCCUGGCACUGUAACCUGUUACCCCAGUACCAUCUGCUGUUCUGGGAAACGCGUAUCCGAGAUAGUGGCUUGAGGAUGCAGCUGCCCGUGCCGCCGCUUUCGCGACACAGCAUCGACGCACGCUAUCCAGUGCCCAGCAUCCGCUUACACAUCACCAAAAUGGACACUACAGUCGAGGAGCACACCUCCGCGUCCGAGACUCCGACCUCACCGCCAGUCGCAAAUGAGCAGAAUGACUCCAAAGCACAGAGCUGGUGGCCGGCGAUGAGCUUCACCGACCGCUUUCUCGCUGUAGAGCGACUGAGUGAUAUGCUUGACGCUUUUCUGGCCGAUCGCCGUAUCUGUGUCCAAAUGCUGCGUCGACCCCGAGCCGGAUUCUCCAUGAAAGACCACCAGAUGAUGCUCGUGGAGACGAUUCUCAGUGCGAUGCUGCAAAUACCGAGAUCGCGAAACCCGCUUUUGUUUUACGCGACUGUGCUUGUUGAGCUGUGUCGAGGUGGUGAUCCGCAAACAGCGAUUCAUUUGCUGCAGGCGGUCGAGACGCUCAUCCGGGAAGCGCAGCGCCUCGACCCCGAGGUUACGGAACGCGUCGCCCAGUGGCUCGCCUUCCAUUUGUCUCAUUUUCAGUGGGAGUGGAACUGGGACGCCUGGCUGCCGCUGCAGGGGAACGUCCACUCAGCGGCGCUCAUUGCGUCGAUGCUGGAAUACGCGGUUCGUCUCUCGUACCGCGAACGAAUUGCGGAGAAAACACCCUCUGCUUUGCAUAACUUGCUGGUUCCACCUGCGGAGCCCGUCUGGGAAACCGAGUCACCGCUGAUCGGGAGCCCGGCUGCAUCUCUGCUGGCGAGCAUUCCGGAACCCGUCAAGGUGGAAUUGGCACAGCGUCUGGUAGCGUCAGCGUAUGAUGCGGUGCCGUAUCUCAAUGAGCAUGUUCCCAAGGAGCUGCGACCUGCCGUCUUUCUCCAAGCGCUGCUGCGCGGUGGGUAUGGAGCGCCGAGUUUCUUCGCCAACUUGGUCGAACGCUGGGGCGGUGUUCUUCGCGAGCUCUGCCGAGACCCGGGCGCAGCAGCGGCGGGUCUUCAGCUCGUCUCUGUGGUGCUCCAGGUAUGGGAGUCGUCCCAUCAGCAUGCUCUCCUUUCGCUGAACUGUUUGAGUUCGGCAGGCAUACUCGAUCCUUCCACCGUUGUGACUGGCGUAUAUCGACAACUGCUGAACCGGUACCCGACGAGCGAUGACCUCAGCUUUGCAGCGCUGAAUGACUUGCGUUUUCCCUUCGAAACAGUGAGGUUCUUUCUGAAUCAGUAUAGAGAUCGUUUACGCCGAAUCCAAACAGAUAUCGAGAUGCUCUUGCUGGCUAUAUCGCGUGCACCAGAACGCGACCUGGAUACCAUGGAGGCAGCGUUAACGCGGGCGCGACAAAUGCUUCAGCAGCAUCGACAAGGCCUGAAGCGUUUCCUCGCUGCCACCCUGGAUAGCCUAGCACAAAUCCUUCGCCACUAUCAUGGCAGUAGCGGCGGUGAUCGUGGUGAUCGUGAUCAUCAUGAGACUGACGAUCAUGAAGAUCAUGGUGGCACAGCGUCUGCGACCUCUGCCUCUACGGGAGACACGGCACCAGCAGCGCUCGUUCGGGGCUGGUUACUUGAGCGUUCCCUUGGCCUUGUCCAGGAACUCCUACGAACCCAGCUCGACCAGACGCCGCGCCUACUCGGCACGCUGAAGGCGUUGCUGGGCAACUUUACGAAUGCAUCUCUGAAGCGGAUGCUCCACGACUUGGACCAGUUGGCUCGCUGGUCGCUCGCAACGGUUUGA